CCACAUUUCUUUUUCCUAAUAUUUUUCCAUUUACACCUUUACAUAUCGAUCGAUCCACAAACAAAAAAAUACGAGUAAAAUGGAAGGCGUGAACGUGUCGACGCACCCGGAAGUUCCCGGAGAAGCAACCCACACCGGCACCGCCAUCCUUGAAACAGCCACCGCCGCCGUCCAGAGCUUCGGCCCUGUCAACAACAUCCACCACCACUUAUGCGCGUUUCACUACUAUGGCGACGACAUGACGCGGCAAGUGGAGACGCACCACUACUGCGCGCACCUAAACGAGGAGUUCCGGCAGUGCCUGCUGUACGACCGGCCGGAAGCGGGCGGGAGGCUGAUCGGGGUGGAGUACAUGGUGUCGGAGGCGCUUUUCAUGACGCUGCCCGACGAGGAGAAGAAGUUGUGGCAUUCCCACGAGUUCGAGGUGAAGAGCGGGAUGUUGUUCAUGCCCGGGGUGCCCGGACCCAUCGAGCGGAAGGACAUGGAGAAGGUGUGCAAAACGUACGGUAAGACCAUCCACUUUUGGCAGGUGGAUCGGGGCGAUGAGCUCCCUCUUGGAAUCCCACAAAUCAUGAUGGCAAUUACUAGGGAUGGUCAGCUCUAUGAUAACCUUGCUCAAGAUGUAGAGAAGCGGUUCAACGUGUCAUUUCGUAAGGAAAGGGAUAAGAGAGCAUACAUGAGUGGGCCCGAGAAUGGGGUCCAUCUUUUGGCAAAUGGAGGAGGGAAAGGCAUCCGGACUGUGCUUCGAGAGGUGGACUGCAAACCACUAGCCUCCGUUCCAAGAGUCUUCGUUUGACUUAUGUUUGACCGACCGACCUAGUAGCUAAGCUAAAUAAUGUAUAAGAAGAUCAUUUCGUUUUCUUAAUUUAUUGAAUAAGUUAAUAGAGUAGAAUUAAUUAUGUAUUAAUUAUUAGGCAGUAUCCUAAUUGUAUUUGGAGACUUAUUUCAUUAUAAAUAUACAGUCAGGGCUACCAGUCUGAUUAAG